ACUGCCCGUGGUGGCACACGCUCUCAGCGUCGCACGACACCUCUCAGGUCCCCUCUCUCUCUCUCUUCCUUGAGAACCUGAUCAGCAGACGAGGCUUUCAGCGUACCCUCUACCCAGCUGUUUCGACUUGGCUUCUUUGGCUCUUCUUCCUUUUCUCUGCGAUUUAUAGGGUCCUAGCGAUGGCGGAUCGAUUGACUCGUAUCGCUAUCGUCAGUUCGGACCGUUGCAAGCCUAAGAAAUGCCGCCAGGAAUGCAAGAAGAGCUGUCCUGUCGUCAAAACUGGAAAACUGUGUAUCGAAGUCACUUCUGCAUCUAAGAUUGCUUUCAUCUCUGAAGAACUUUGUAUUGGAUGUGGUAUUUGUGUCAAGAAAUGCCCAUUUGAGGCAAUUCAGAUCAUUAACUUGCCAAAAGACCUGGAUAGAGAUACGACCCAUCGUUAUGGUCCGAACACCUUCAAGUUGCACAGGUUGCCGGUUCCAAGACCUGGGCAGGUUUUGGGCUUGGUUGGAACAAAUGGUAUUGGGAAGUCGACUGCACUCAAAGUUUUGGCGGGGAAGUUAAAACCUAACCUGGGUCGUUUCAAUAAUCCUCCUGAUUGGCAGGAAAUAUUGACAAACUUCCGGGGGUCUGAACUGCAAAAUUAUUUCACUCGUAUUUUGGAAGAUAAUCUGAAGGCAAUCAUCAAGCCACAGUAUGUUGAUCACAUUCCAAAAGCAGUCCAAGGCAAUGUUGGCCAAGUGCUCAAUCAGAAAGAUGAGAGAGAUAUGAAGGCAGAACUUUGUCAUGAUCUUGAGCUGAAUCAGGUUAUAGAUCGAAAUGUUGGGGAUUUGUCAGGUGGAGAGCUUCAGAGGUUUGCUAUUGCUGUAGUUGCCAUACAAAAUGCAGAGAUAUACAUGUUUGAUGAGCCUUCCAGUUAUCUUGAUGUUAAACAAAGGCUCAAGGCUGCCCAAGUUAUUCGAUCUUUGCUCAGACCUAACAGCUAUGUCAUUGUUGUAGAGCAUGACCUUAGUGUUCUCGACUACUUGUCGGACUUCAUUUGCUGCUUAUAUGGGAAACCAGGAGCAUAUGGAGUUGUUACUCUACCAUUUUCAGUCAGAGAAGGCAUUAAUAUAUUCUUGGCAGGGUUUGUUCCAACUGAGAAUCUGAGGUUCCGAGAGGAGUCUCUUACUUUCAAGGUUGCUGAAACUCCACAGGAAAGUGCCGAGGAGGUCCAGACCUAUGCACGUUACAGAUACCCAACCAUGACUAAAACUCAGGGUAAUUUCAAGCUUCGUGUGGUUGAGGGUGAAUUCACCGACUCUCAGAUUAUUGUAAUGCUCGGUGAGAAUGGGACGGGGAAGACAACAUUCAUCCGCAUGCUGGCUGGUUUGUUGAAGCCUGAUGAAGUGGAGGAUUCUGAUGUGGAAAUACCAGAAUUUAAUGUUUCUUAUAAGCCCCAGAAGAUCAGUCCAAAAUUUCAGUCGACAGUCAGGCACUUGUUACAUCAAAAGAUACGUGAUUCGUAUAUGCAUGCUCAGUUUGUGUCAGAUGUCAUGAAACCACUUUUAAUCGAACAAUUAAUGGAUCAAGAAGUUGUGAAUCUCUCUGGUGGAGAGCUGCAAAGAGUUGCCUUGUGUCUUUGUCUUGGAAAGCCUGCAGACAUUUAUCUGAUAGAUGAACCUAGUGCUUACCUUGAUUCAGAGCAGCGUAUUGUUGCUUCCAAAGUAAUAAAGAGGUUUAUCCUCCAUGCCAAGAAAACUGCUUUUGUUGUUGAGCACGACUUCAUUAUGGCGACCUACCUGGCAGACAGAGUUAUCGUCUAUGAGGGGCAACCAUCAGUGAAUUGUACUGCCAAUGCUCCACAGUCGUUAUUGACUGGGAUGAACCUCUUCUUGUCUAAAUUGUUCACCAUCAUUAGAGAUUAUCUCCAUCGAGAAGACCCCAACUGGGUUGCUGCUGGAACUUCCCCAACAAUCGGAAUUGCUGUUCUUCAUCAAGUAGGUUGGACUACAACUCUUUAUUUUGGAGGACUUCGACUUCUUCUUUACUCCUCAGACCAGGACAACAACAAGAAAUUGUUCACCAUCAUUAGAGAUUAUCUCCAUCGAGAAGACCCCAACUGGGUUGCUGCUAGAACUUCCCCAACAAUCGGAAUUGCUGUUCUUCAUCAAGUAGGUUGGACUGCAACUCUUUUUUUUGGAGGACUUCGACUUCUUCUUUACUCCUCAGACCAGGACAGCAACAAGCAUCUGAAUAUUACAUUUAGGAGGGACCCAACCAAUUAUCGUCCUCGAAUAAACAAAUUGGAUUCGACCAAGGACCGGGGGCAAAAAGCUGCUGGAUCUUAUUACUACCUUGAUGAUUAACCUAAUUUGCCACAGUAGGGGUUUAUUCAUCUUUUCUGGAAUAUUGCUGGUGCGCAUAUUGUUCUGCUCCUUAUGAAGCUUUGCCAGGCUUUGAGAUUUCUAAAGGGGGCUAGACCUCCAUCAAAGAGGUGGUUCAACUGUUUUAUUGGCAAGUUAUUAACGGUAUUGUCAGCAUGGACUUCUUUAUGCUUUGUUUAGAAUUUUCCUCCCCAACCCCCCCACCCCCCCCGAAAAAAAAAAAAAAAAAAAAAACAUUCAUGUGAGUGAAUCUAAAUAUCAGAUGCUCCGCUGUACUUGCUUUUCUGUCUGCUUUAACUGCUGCUGAUUGAGAAAAUUGUAAGCUGCAAGAUGAGAAAGCGGAGAUAGUAUGACUAGUAAGUUUUUGAGUUAUUGCCUGGUUUUGAAGAGACGAGAAAUUUAUUUAUCUUAUAUAGGGUAGUUCUUUUGUGGAUGCAGCGAGAGCUUUGUACUGUAAUAGAGUUAAUGCAUCCACUUAUGAAUCUAAGAGCUUUGAUCGGAUUUA